GAACCCCGCCCUGAAAGGACUUCAUCAUUAAAAUAUCAAUUUAGUCUUGAACUGAAUAUUAGUUUGGUUUCUUUUGCAAGUCUGUGGUUGACGACAAUCCAAACCCAGAGUCAGCGCGCUGUGCAUUAGGAAGAAUGGACGUGUCAGGCUCUGGAGACUCCAGCGGGCCUCCACAGACACCUGCAGGGGGAGGCAGAGGUUUACCUGUGGGUCGCAGGCUGCCUACAUCCAUCACUACAGGACGCCUGCCCAUGAUGCGCUCUAGAGACCUCACUUUAGGGGGUGUGAAAAAGAAAACCUUCACCCCCAAUAUUAUUGGUCGAAAAUCUAAAGAGGAUUUGAAAAUUGAUGAGAGACAGAGACGAGAUAAGAAAGAUGUAGAUCGAGGCAGACAGCGGGAUGUGCGGGGAAGAGGCCGGGGUCGUCCUGAGGUCAUCCAGUCACAUUCAAUUUUUGAGCAGGGUCCAGCAGAGAUGAUGGCUAAGAGAAAAGGUUUAUAUGAUGAUGCCAGAGAAACACCAAGCAGUGGCCCUUCACCAAUCAUCAACAUCAAAAAGGAGCGCGAGACAGAAGAAGAGACUAAAGAAAUUCUGCGCAAACUUGAGAAGGAAAAGUUUCUUGAUGACCCUAACCUGAAAAGUGAAAGGGAAAGCUGUCCUGUGCAGCUGCCACUGGCUGUGUCUGGCUGGGUCUUCAAAGAGGAGUUUAGUGAAGAGACUGAGGACAUUGACUUCAAAUCAGAGAAGAACUCCUCAGAUACUGAAUUAAUGAACACUGACAGCACUGGAGCUGAAGUGAAGGUCAAGCAGGAGCCUUUGGAUGUUCCUGAACAAAAGAAGGUGGAGCCUUUAUUCAGACUGCCACCCUUGCCCGAGCCUGAUCUGCUGCCUGAUUUAUUGGAGGUGUGGAAUCACUGUAAAGAGGAGGAGCUUCUAUUCAUGCAGCUGCCUGAUUCUCUGCCUGGGCAACCACCCACCAGUGAUGCACGGCCCACCAAAACAGAGGUGCAGUCAAGUGAUGGACAGGCAAUGAUGCAAAAGACUGAGACACAGGAGGAGUCACAAGAAGAGAACAGCUGUUGUCUUAAGGAACUGCAGGAGGGUUUGGUGGGGAAGAUGCUGGUUCGGAAAUCUGGCAAAGUGCAACUUAUUCUGGGUAACAUAACCCUGGAUGUGGCCCUCGGAACCCCCUGUGCUUUCCUCCAGGAAUUGGUAUUAGUAAAUGCAGAGGGCAGAAGGGGAGAGAUGUCUGUACUGGGCCACAUUAAACACAAGUUAGUGUGUUCACCUGACUUCCAGGCUCUUCUAGAGAACCGAGCUUAAGGAGCUGCAGCUGGAACUGCCAACAUUUCACUUGAAAUAAUCUCUGGUGUUCAGAGCAGUUUAUAUCCAUUUGUGAGACAAAAUUCUCAUAUACUGUCACAGAUGGAAAACAUUGAGCGAAUGAAUGAAAAUAAUUUAUUCUAUAUAUGGAAGUUUAUUUGAAGAAUUUACAAAUGAAGUCGCAUUCAAGUGGGCUGUAAAUGAGACACUAUCACACAUGUAAAUAUUAUGGGUCAGUAUAAAAAGUUUGUAAAAAAAAAAUCCUGAUUUGAGUGUGAAACAUUGUUAAU